UCUCUGGCAGUUGGAAAGAGGCAAUAGCUUCAGCUAUUAGCAGGCCUUUCCUUGUGCACGGAGUAUGCCUGGCCCAUCCACAGACCAGAGGAAAGGCAAGUCUUGGAAGGAAGGAGCCAGGGAUAUCAUGGCUCCCUUCUCUCAGCACAUAUCCUGGUUCUGGAAAGCAGAUGAGACUUCUUCCAGGAGCCUUAAGAAAAGUGGCCCUGAGUGCAGGAUCCUCAACAGUGAAGACAAAAUGGAAGGGGAGGCCCUUGAAGGCAGCAAGAGUCCCCACCCCAAACCCUGGUCUCAGCUGCUGGCAGGGCUGUGCCCCACAACCUGGAUCCUAGAAGGAAGCAGCAGGGGCAGCAACAGGCCCUCCUUUUACUCUGGGCUGUCAAGUAGCUGCAGGGAAAUGAACCUGGAGCCCUCCAAAGAUGGCAGCCCAGCCCUUCCACCCAGGGAUCUGCUCAGCCUGUCAGCAGCUUCAGUAACCAAAAAAGACAGUCCCGCAGGACAGGUGGUGGAGGAGGAGUACUCCUGCGAGUAUGGCUCAUUUACCUAUCUGCUGAUGUGCUCCUUAGGUGGGGUGGUGAGUUGUGGUGCAACGCACACAGCUGUUGUGCCACUGGAUGUGGUGAAGUGCCGCAUGCAGGUGGAACCCAGGCGUUACCAAGGGCUUAUGCAAGGCCUUUCUCUUACGGUGCGAGAGGAGGGGAUUCCUGGCCUGGCUAAAGGAUGGGCUCCAACAGCCAUAGGUUAUUCCAUGCAGGGCUUUGGCAAGUUUGGUCUCUAUGAAUUCUUCAAGUUACAGUACUCUGACUUUUUGGGUCCAGAGCAAUCUUAUCUGUGGCGGACUAGCCUCUACCUCGCUGCUUCAGCCAGUGCCGAAUUCUUUGCUGACAUUGCUUUGGCCCCGAUGGAAGCAGUCAAGGUACGGAUUCAGACCCAGCGCGGUUAUGCCAAAACACUGCGAGAAGCAGCUCCCAAGAUGUAUAUUGAAGAAGGACUCUGGGCUUUCUAUAAGGGAGUAUAUCCCCUCUGGCUGCGACAGAUCCCUUACACCAUGAUGAAGUUUUCCUGCUUUGAACGAACUAUAGAAGCACUCUAUAAAUACGUCAUUCCUAAGCCACGAGAUCAGUGCAGCAAGAUGGAACAACUUGGAGUCACAUUUGUUGGCGGAUAUAUUGCUGGCAUCUUCUGUGCUAUAGUCUCACAUCCGGCUGAUUCUGUGGUAUCAGUGCUGAACCAAGAAAGGGGCACCACUGUUUUGGGUGUUCUCAAGAAGUUGGGCAUGCAUGGGAUCUGGAAAGGCCUCUUCACCCGUAUUCUGAUGAUUGGUACCCUCACUGGACUGCAGUGGUUCAUCUAUGAUUCAGUUAAAGUUUAUCUCAAGUUGCCUCGUCCCCCCCCACCUGAAAUGCCCGAAUCUUUGAAAAAGAAACUCUCUCAAAAUUAAAUCCAUACUGAGUGGCUGUGUUUCAAGGAUACUCCAAUUCUAUAAGAAUGUUUAAUUCACCUGAUUUGUGAAUAUCACUGAGCCAGGGAAAUUUGCUAUAGUGUUACUCAAUCCCAGAACUAAGCUUUAGAGAGUUUCAGCAAUCUAUAAAAGAAGUUUCUUAAUGAAACUUUAAUGCAUGUCAUUUAAUAAAAUAACAUUGUCUUGCAGUUUUAUUUUGUUCUUAACUGCACUCAAAAUACAUAGCAGAUAAUGCAAUUACUAGUUUUUAUAGGCUGUUAAAUAUUUUAAGGUUAACCAGUUAAUAGCAACUGCUAGACAAGUUGGUUGUUCUAAUACUGUUGUAAUGAUAUGAUAAUUAUUGUCAGUAGGACCUGUUGUCAAGCAGCCUAGACAGUACUGUGAUUCUAAGAUACUGAACAAAAUUUUUGGUGUUCAUUUGCUAAAUCUGAUUCUACAUUUGAAGUAAGAUAAAAGUAUACACUCUGAAAAAUGGCAUUCUUAGAAGCAGUGUAUUAGAAAACUUAUUUUAUUUUUAAGUGUCAUGGAUCUGUAAUGAUCCAAAGUGCCUGUUUAUAUAUGGAAAAAUAUGUAUUUUUGUGGCAGGACAUUUUUUUAUAGAUUUUGGUCUAACUACAAAAGUUUCUAUUAGUAGCUUGAAUCUUUAAAAAAGCAUUCUUUUUGUCCACAUAGAAUCUACUGUGCUGGAAAAGGGGAAAAAAGUAAUUUUGUAUUGUGAUUUCCAUGUUUAUUGGACAAGUCUUUUGGAACUUGCAUGAAUGUUGUUCCUCUCUGUUCUUAAAGCAGUCCAUCAGACUUAUAUAGGUGCACUUCUUCCAAAUUAUUUUUGAAACAUGCACAUGUUUUAUAUAUAUUGAAUAAUUCUUUCUCUGUAUAAAAAUGCUGUAGCCUCUGAUUUGAGCCAAAUCUAUUUUUUUCUUGAUUGAGCAUUCUUCAAGUUACUGGAAUUAUAGAAAUAAAAACAAUACACCAUAAUAUUCUUCGAACUCAGCUAAAAUUCUGCAUUUUGAUGAUCCUUUACCAGUAUGUUAUUCCUUCUUUUGUUGUACAAUUUAAUUUGAACAUUUAUUGUUACUACAGCAAAAUAAAGUUAUUGUGGUUAUUAUAGAAAUAUAAA